AUGAUCAGCUCGGAGGGCCUGAGGCCGGCCUCCAACGGGCGGAAGCCGCUGGGGAAGCUGGCCUCCCGGCUGGAGGAGGUGAAGAGCCCCUGGAGGCAGGUGUCCACCCUGGAGCUGAGCCACAGUGAGGCGGCCCGCCUGGCCACGGACGCGCUCCUGGAGCACGGGGAGAAGGAGUACCGGAGGGUCCUGGCGGAGGAACGGGAGCUCAGCUUCCUGUCCCCCCUGGAGAUCCGCUACAUCAGCCAGCACGGAGCCAAGAGCGGAGAGGCGGACGGGAACGGAACCGGAGCCGCCGAGCGGGACUUCGGGGACGGGGACGCCGUGUCCGAGCUGACCUCCGGGACCUACUUCCCCAUGAUGUCCGACGAGGAGCCGCCCAUGCUGGAGCUGGGCUGGCCUGAGGCCCCGGUCAGGUACGGACCGUCCGAGACCCAGAUCUACUUCCAGAGGGACAAGAGCCACAACGUCAAAGACCUGAUCCGGUCCCUCAUCAACAAGGCCAAGAAGGUGAUCGCGUUGGUGAUGGAUGUGUUUACGGAUGUGGAUCUGAUGUGUGAUCUGAUGGAGGCGUCCAACAAACGGAAGGUCCCCGUCUACAUCCUGUUGGACGAGAAGAACCUCAGCUACUUCACAGACAUGUGUUCGGCGCUCAGCAUCCAGAACUCACACCUGAGUAACAUGCGUAUUCGCAGCGUCAGUGGGGACACAUACUGCACCAAAAGUGGGAAAAAGUUCAGCGGUCAGGUCCAGGAGAAGUUUAUGAUCAUCGACUGUGAAGAGGUCAUCGCAGGGUCGUACAGUUUCACCUGGUUGUCGGCUCAGGUCCACAGUAACAUGGUGAUGCAUUUCUCCGGUCGCAUCACGGACAGCUUCGACCGGGAGUUCCGCUGUCUGUACGCCGACUCGCAGAUCAUCGAGUGCUUCUUCAACCCGGACGAGGAGGGGAUGCCCUACUACCCAGCGUACCAGGCCAUGAUGGGCCCAGGGAUGGGCCUCAACAUGGGCCUGGGUCCAGUCCUGGGUCUGGAUCUACUGUCGGACAGACAGAGGGACAGGGUGUGCUCUGAAAACUCCAGCAGCCAAUCCAGUAACAGCGUGUCCAGUGUGAAAGCGGCGCCUGGAAUGAGCUCCAACACCGUCUACAAAGUCACCCAAGGUCUGGACAAGAAGGAGCCCAACAACAACAGCAACUCCCACCUGAGCCCCGAGAGGAGGGGCGGAGCCAUAGAGAGGGGAGGGGGCCAAACCCCCACGCCCCAGACCCAGAUAACACCGGGCCCUCGGGUCAACAAUCACAGCCCUGUCCCCGAUAGGCCGUCUCAGACCUACGGUCAGCCAAUGGGCAUCGAGUGGAACAAGCCCAGCGCCAUGGACGUGAUGCGCUCCAACAUCGGUGGCACCGCCUCCAAGUUCCAGGCGCUGGGUUUGUACGACCACAAACCCAGUAUGUUCCACACCUGGGUUCGUUCCUGGAGCUCCAACUCCAACCUGAACCCAAAGCCCCAGAUCCCCUCCCCCAUCAACGAGAGCAAACUCAACUCCAAGCAGAGGACUACUUCCAACCAGUUCCUCAACAAGCUGUCCGACCUCUUCCUGCCUCCGUCCAAAGACAAGGACACCUACAACUUCCGCAGGUCACCCUCCCCCCACGGCACCUCGCCGUGGGGAGGACCCGACCUGUCCCAGGCCGAACCGGAGAGCCAGCAGAGCCCGCCCCCGCCGCCGUCUCCGGUCACUCUGAUGAACCGUCAGGACCAGAAGCGCAUGACGCUGGGCCACAGUAAACUGGACCUGGUCAACCAGUACAACAAGAUGAAGUCCAAGCAGGUGUACAGCCGCUUUGAGCUGAAGAGCACCAACUGAGCUGGGGGGUGGGGG